UUCGCGCUGCUCGAGGAGCUCGGCGCUCAGCCCGCUCGCCUGGGCAGUUGCCUGGAGAAGGCCACGCUGAAAGGGGCAGGCAGCUUCUAUCGAGCGCCGAUGACGCGAACCUUCUCGGCCUGCUUGCCCGCCCGCCCGCCUUUUUCUUUCCUGAAGUGAGGAGGCCAAGCCGCCGGGCCCGAGGAAAGAAGGAAGGGGCGGCUUCCUACCGCCGGGGGAGUCUCCUGAGGCGCUCUUUAGCCUCGAGAAGCCUUUCCGAGCCUGAGAGCAGGCCCACAUUCCACAGGGGUGCCUUUUCUGAGGGAGCCUUGGGCCAUUGGUAGCCAUGGGAACGGCCCCCUGAGGGGAUGGAGGGACAAGACUCGCCGACCGGAAGUUGCUCGUGGUGCUGAGGCCUGACAAGUGUCCUAACCGGAAGUUGCUGAGGCCUGACGGGAGGUGUAGUCCUUCUGCGCCUGAAGCUCGCUGAGCCCAUUAGGAGCAGAGCAGUGGGCAGGACUGCAACAGGGGGUUCCAAUACAUAACUGCCGUUAUGGCGCUCCCAUCUCCGGAUCCGGUGUAUGUUCUACGGGGAGCAGAUGAUGCAGUCAACACCCUGUGCUUUUGUUGUUCAGAUCCAGAACUUGAAUGUCCCCUUCUUUUCUCUGGCUCUUCCAAUGGAUUGAUCCAUAUCUGGAAUCUGAAGACACGUCGAGUGCACAGAACACUAGAAGGACACAGCGGGAAAUCAGUGUACUGUGUGAAAACUUUGCCCAACAGAAGAAAUGCACUUCUGAGCCAAGGCCGUGACCAAAACAUCUGCUUGUGGGAGUUAGCUGAAGGAAGAGACGCUGUCGUGGACUCGGUUUUCACAGAGAACGUUGGGUUCUGCAAAUGCUCGCUCCUGGAGGGGACAGAGGGAAGGUGGCUACUGGCCACAUCGUGGAAAGACCUAGAGGAGGUCCGGGUUCUGGAGCUCCCAUCUAAGACGGCAGUCUGUACCUUGAAACCCGAGGCCGGUGCCAAGCUAGGCAUGCCCAUGUGCCUGAAGAUGUGGCAGCCCAGCACUGGUUCCUCGCCUUUCCUCCUGGCUGGCUACGAGGAUGGAUCAGUGGUUCUGUGGAAUUUGUCGAUGGGGAAAAUGCUGAGUCGGCUGGCAUGUCAUCAGGAGCCCAUCAUGGGCCUUGACUUUGACUCGGAGAAAGCCAAGGGGGCCUCCGGCUCUUCUGAGAAGAUGCUUUGCAUCUGGAGGCAGAGCCAGCAGCAGAACCUGGAGCUCCAGCAAAUAUACCAGCUCACAAAUCCAGGGAUCGCUGAGGUGGCCCUCCGCCAGGACAAGAAGAUUUUGGCAACAGCCGGAUGGGACCAUCAGAUCCGGCUCUUUGGCUGGAAGAAGCUGGCACCUCUAGCUGUCCUGGACUACCACACAGCAGCCGUGCAUUGCAUGGCCUUCUCGGACCACAGUCGACCCAGUGAGAGACUCCUGGCAGCUGGCUCCAAAGAUCACCGAAUCAGUGUCUGGUCCAUAUAUAAUGAAACUUGAACAUGACUGGAAAGGCCUGGGGACUUUGGGGGACAGUUUUUUAUGACAAGGUGUGGGGCAGCCUUCCAAGUUCUCCUGAUGUAUUUCACUAGUCUCCCAUGGAUGCCGGCCCCAGGAUUAGGUGGUGGCACUUGUUGCUCUUGUUUGGCAGCCCAAAUGGGGACCUGGCAUAGUGCCAUCUCUUAAUAGAAACACUGCCACAUUCUUACACACAUUUCCAUAGGAGUUCUGCCCCAGAGGAAGCAGCAGGACUUUUUUUCAGAGUAAGAGGAAGUCCAGAAAAGAUCGUGAUGCCUCCUUUGGGUUGAACCUGGGGAAGGGUCUUGAUCCAUUCCUCUCCGAAGAAGCAAGGGGCUGCUAAUAUGUAAGGGGGAGAAGCCAGGCUAAGUACAUCCGGUUUGUGUCUCACCAAAACCAGUGGGACAAAUUAGUCAUGACUCAUUUAACCCCUGUUAAGUUCAGCAAGUGUGACUGGCUGAAGACUUUAUCACACAAAACUUCUAAAGUGUAAUUGUGGCAGAAUAAUAAUAAAAUAAUAAUACAACUUUAUUUGUAUCUCACCCUAUCUCCCCAAGGGGACUCGGGGCAGAUUUCAACAUAACAAUGGCAAACAUUCAAUGCCAUGAUACUAACAUAAAAUCCCAGGAAAACCCCACAUAUAAAAGUAGCAUUAAAACCUAACAUCAAAUUAAAAACCUAACAUCUGUAAAUUAAACCUGGCAUCAAUAAAUUAAGCUACACGUAGUCAGACAAAAUUCUAUAAUAACAAAUCUAAAGAAAACAUCCACAUUAAUGUACAACAGCCAGAAAGGAUUCACAAAACGGUGUGAGUCAUUGGGCUGGUGCAGACCAGGAAGCCCAAAUACAAAUAGUUCUCAACCAGAGGCCUGGCAAUGAUCUCCCAACCAUCUAAUCCUCCUCUGAAUAUGCUAGUGAGCAAAAGUAGGUCUUCAGUUGUUUUUUAGAGGAGUGGAGGGAGGGGGACAGCUUUAAUUUUUUAGGGAGGGAGUUCCAGAGGUGGGGGCAACCACAAAGAAGGCCCUCUCUCUCAUUCCCACCAGCCGUGCUUGUGAUGGGGGUGGGACCAACAGCAGGGCCUCCUCCGGUGACCUCAAUGCCCGGGCUGGUUUGUAAGAGGAAAUGCAAUAAAAGUGCUUGAUGGUAUUGUGGCUGCCCCAUAGUCACAUGGUGGGGGAAAAGAAUCCAAUAUUGCUGCUGUUCUGUUGUUCUCCCCUGUGUGAUCCAUCUUUUUCUGCCACAGUCCCAGUAUUGUGAAACAGAGGAAGGUCUUAUGAGAAUGCUGAAGCUGCGUAUUGUAGCAAAAUUGGGAAGGGAGAAUUUAAGAUCAAUAGGAACAACUGUGUAGGUUAAACACAGAUUGGAAGGGUGAUUGUGUGGAAGACAGAUUAUGUGAGUUUGCCUCAACAAAGUGCCAGCAUCACACAACUGUAGAGGAGCAAAAGAGAUUGUUCCAAUAAUUCUUAAAUAAUGCUUUUGCAACAAGAAUACAGGCUGGUGGGAUACAGUCCUGAGUUGGACCUCCUACCACAGCUUUCAUAUCUUGAACAUGGAAAAUCCCUUGACCUUGGUAGAUAUUAUACAAGUGGGUUGGGGAUCCAGUGGCCCCCACUCUGUUUUUGGACUGCAAUGCCCAGCGUUUCUUUUACCUGAGUUGAGGGCACAGUGCAGGUCCUUAGGAAGAGUCCCUUGGCCCCUAUGGAGCAUAUCCGGGGUGUUUGAGAGCUUCCCUUUGGAAGUCUGAUGAGCCGGCUUCCACUGAGCACAGCUGAACCUGCCCAACUCAGAAUCCACCCUCUAAUGCCAUAAAUGCAAAACAUCCUUUUGCAACAUUUAACCCUGUUUGGGGGAUAGGGGUGUUUUCUGUUUUCCUGUGCUCCUCUUGAUGCUGUCUUCUUAGGGCUGUCUUUAAUUUGUUCACACUCCUGUCAGGUUUUCAGACUUAAAUCAGCAGCCAAGAAUGUGGCAGUGGACAGCCUCUGGCAUUUGUGAAUUUCGCUGUCUCUUGUCCCCUGGAGCUUGGCAAUUAAUCAGGAGAAACGGGUGGCUGGGUGGGAAGAGAAGCUUUUGCUGAGACUUCAGGCGCUGCUUGCAAAGCUGUGCAAUAACGGGUUGGAGAGCCACCCUGAGAAGCCCUUAGCCCUGUCGGUUAUAACUCAGCAGUCCCAACACCUUUUCCAGAUUUGUGGGAUGUGUUUGAUCUGAGCAAAUUGAGAACAUUGUUCUUUUCGGCAUCCAUGGCCACCAAAAUAAAAUUCUCUUGUGCUUCCACA